UUUCUGUUUCAGGGGAAUCCCCGCCCCCAUGUUCUCACGCGAUGUAUGGAACGAGAUGAGGAGUGGGAAAAAUCCCGCCCAAGGCUUUCUCAGAUCUAAGAAACCCUCGCCCCACGAGUUCUCGAGGUCCUAGUACCAGAGCCCUCUCUAAUUUUCACAAAAUACAUGAAUAUUAUAUUUCGAAAUCACGGGAAACCCGUCGCAGUCGUAAGACCAUUCCCUUUAGUCUAUAAAUAGCGGUUUUCCAUGACGUCAGGUAGCCUUGACACUUCACUCGAUACGACCAGACUCUCUGAUACGACAAAAGACGGUAAGAAUCGACCCAUCGCUCGCGCAUGAGAAUUCUAUUUAUAACCCCCUUGCCCCGUGCCGAAACCCCAGAUCUGCCUUGGCCGUGUCUUCUUGACGCACACACACCCACAGACACACACAAAUCUGCCGCGGACUGUUAGUGUUAAGCCUAUGUCCCAAACGAGCAAACUGUGUGCUUCUUUUCUUCUUCCUCCGACCGUCACGUUGUCAUUCCACACCAAUCACCCCUGACAUCGCACACGACUGACAGAAAGAAGUACGUCCAAAAACACACGCAGUGUUCCAACUUCACAACAGGAAUACGAAUGUCUUCUGACACGCUUCGUCAACUGAACAACUUUGCGUAAGGCGUUGCGGGUAAAGAAGGAGAGACAAAAAAAACAACUGCUCCAGAGGAUCCUGUACACUACCGGCACGACUAAAAAACGGCGUACUCUUCGGGCGAUCCACCAAUAUCAACUGUCUAUGUUCUACCACACCAUUGAGACCAGUCAAAAAGGUCGUUUGAACACAGCGAAACGCGACUGCUAAACAGAGCAAAGAGGUCCUAUUAACGUAUAGAAAACACUAAUGUGGAAGAGCAAAGAGAUCGUGAUAACAGUUUGAAAUAGCCUACGUGUGUGCGUGUGUCAGCGGGAAAUGUGAAUGUUCUGCACGUCUUUCAUUGAGGAUACGAUAUUUGCCUAAGAGGCAUUCUUUAUUCUCGUUUUGCAUCGAUAGGCAAAGACAAAUUGUGAAUCCGUCCGUUAGUGUUUAUGAAAAGCCUUAAGUGAUUAAAGGCCCCCUAAAAAAUAAUAAUAAAGGAGCGCUCGUUCGGGAAGGAUCCAGGAACACACGCGCAAGCAUUCGGUCAAAUCAGUGGCUUAAGUGGUUUCUCUUCUCCAGCACAGCACCAAAAGCACCAUCUCGCAGUCAGCAGCUAAAGUGAUUUUUCUUUACGGCCACAGCACCAAAAAGCACCAUUUUACAAUCAGCGGCUAAAGUGACUUCUCUUCUCGAGCACAGCACCAAAAAGCCCCUUCGGGCAAUCAGCGGCUAACGUGAUUUCUCUUUACUACCACAGCACCAAAAAGCACCUUCUAGCAAUCAGCGGCAAGAGCAAUAUUUCUUACGAGCACAGCACCAAAAAGCACCCACCUUCUAGCAUUCAGUGGCUAAAGUGGUUUCUCUUUACUACCAGAGCACCAAAAAGCACCAUCUCGCACGAUGAGCAACUUGGACUGUGGUGACUGCGACUGUGGUGACUGCGACUGUGACUGCGACUGUGGUGACUGCGACUGCGACUGUGGAGAUUGCUGCGACUGCGGCGACUGCUGCAAAGGAUGUCGAGACUGCUGCAGCGCCUUCUGCAACUGGCUCACGUGCAUGACAUGCGGGGGGAUACUGGAGGACUGCCUGGAUGUCUGCUGCCUAGACUGUUGCACCUCCAGCGACACCACCACGUCCAACAACACCACCGCCACCACCAACUACACCAACAACUACACCAACAACUACAGCAACAACAACGAGCGGCGGAGGCGAGGCGAGGAAGAGGGCGUGAUCACAACCGAGCCGGGAGAGCCGGUCGAGGAGUUCUCCGACAUGAACCCUUCAGCGCCACCGCCUUCCUACGACGAAGUGGUCUCCUCGCAGCCAAUGGGCGAGAUGGAUGCUGGGGUCAUAAGGUCACAGCCCGGGUUGGCCACGCCAGAGACAAGUCGAAUAUGAGAAGACAGCACUGAGACUGAAGUAACCACGCUUUCUUCAAAGCCAGGGCUCACCAAAUUACGGCCAAAGAGCCAGAUCGGGCCUGCAAGGUGUGUGUGGACCAAAUUACAGCCUAACACGCACAUACCGAAAUCAGCGGAACGUGGAAAUGUUUCAUUGGUUAUGUCGAAUGUCGAUAUGUUACAUGUUUUAGAUUUCAUACAAAAGAAUAUACACACAUACAUGUAUAGAAUAAGAAAAAAAAAUCGGGGCCUGAAAAUAUGUUCGUCAUCCGCAUAUUUCAUGCUCGCUAUUUGCAUGCUAUCCUGUAGGAUUCUUAAAUGCCACAAUUGCGGGAGCUUGCUCGGUCCCUUUGAAUUGGAGAGACAACCACGGGCAUUCGCGUAACUUGCAACAACGGGAACUUGACGAUCAUCAUAAGGAACACUAUACAUGUCAUGCCUAUAAUAUAUUGCGUACAAGCAAACGCAGCCACAAAAAUGCCCAUGACUUCGCCAAGUGAAAGACAGAGAAAGACUGACAGAUAA